AUGGUAGACACGGGCAGUAGUGUAAAUGUCCUGUACCUGGACGUCUUCAAGAAGCUGAAAUUAGACGACAAGAAGUUAACCCCAAUCCGCACCCAGCUAUCCGGUUUCACGGGCGCCACCAUCGAACCGGAGGGCUUAAUCCGGUUACCCGUAGAAGUCGGAACCUACCCCAAGGUGGCGAGGGCGGAAAUGGAGUUCAUCGUGGUAAACCUCGCGUGCGUCCACAACAUAAUCCUAGGACGACCAGGAAUCGCUCAGAUCGGGGCGAUCAUAUCCAUGCCGCACCUGUGCAUGAAGUUCCGAACGCCAGCAGGGGUCGGCGUAUUAAGAGGCGAUAUCCGUUCAGCUCGAAAGUGCUAUGUCAAGGCGGUCCAAAGAAACGAAGGCGGCUCGUCCCGAGUAAACGCCAUAAUAAAGGGAAGUAAGGCCGCAAUCAGGGAGCAGCCGGAACCGGCGGAAGAAGUUGAGGACAUCCGUCUGUCCGAUGAUUACCCCGAAAGGACCGUUCGGAUCGGAGCGACCCUACCGCCCGACCUAAGAAGCUCGAUCGUGGAGGUCCUGAGGGAGUACGCCGAUAUUUUCGCCUGGGGACCACAGGAUAUGCCCGGAAUAGCCCGGUCGACAAUUUGCCACCAUCUCACGGUAAACCCGGCCGCCCGGCCGGUAAAGUAG